CGAAGUCUCUGUGUCGCUCAGCAGUUUCGAGUUUAAUCACAUCCCAUCUCUCUCUCAUCUUGACACCAUUGGCAAAAGAUUUUUUCCAUUUUCUCCUCUUUCAAAUUAUCUCCCUUUAAUCUCUCUCUCUCUCUCUCUCUCUCCCUGCUGCUGCUUCUCUCUACCCUGUAUCUUCUUCUUCCUAUUGCUUUCAAUUCCUCCGCCAGUAAACCCUAGCGCGCCGCCGCCGGAGGUCCUUCGUUCUCAUCCCGUUUCGCCGUCGCUUCAGAACAGAACAAAAAAAAAAAUCGAAGCUUUUUAAGAUGGCGGAUACCGAAAUGCAAGAGCAAGAUGUGUAUUUUGGUGAGGAAGCUGACCUUGUUGACACCCAAUAUACAGAGGAAGACCCUUUGGAGACAGCUAACUAUCAAAACCCUAGUGAAACCCCCCAGCCCCUUCUGGAGAGUGAUGCUCAUUUGGCUAAUGGAGGUGGUCAGGUUAAUGGUCAUGGGAUGAAUGGUGAUGUUGGAGUUGUUAACCACUCUGAAAGGAAGACUCGUAAGAUGCACUUGUUGAGUGGUCCUAAGACUGAAGAUGAGCCUGCCAAAAAGCGCAAGUCUUGGCUUCUGAGUGAUUCUGAGGCACUGGGAACUGAUGAGGCAGGGACACCACAAGAACAAUUGAUGUUUCUAAGAGAAUUGGAGACCUUUCACAAAGAGCAUUUCCUGGAUUUUAAAGCUCCUAAGUUUUAUGGACAACCUCUGAACACUCUCAAGCUAUUUCGAGCAGUCACUAAAUUAGGUGGCUAUGAAGUGGUCACCACAUCUAAGCUGUGGCGACAAGUUGGAGAAUCCUUCCAUCCUCCCAAGACAUGCACAACAGUCUCCUACACAUUCCGUGUUUUCUAUGAGAAGGCACUUUUGGAGUAUGAAAAGUAUUUAAGGAAAAAUGGUGAGCUUAACCUUCCUGGUCCAACAUUGAUUCUGUCGUCCAACAGCGAAAAAGAGGCAAGUAGCUAUCAAGGUUCUGGUUCAGGCAGGGCAAGAAGAGAUUCUGCAGCUCGUGCUAUGCAAGGUUGGCAUGCACAGCGCCUUGGUGGAUCUGGAGAGUUUACUGCGCCUACUGUUAAGGAUAAGGGCUUAAACUCGACCCCAAAGCAUAAGAAACUCAAAAGCAUUGGAAUGGAGAAACACAAAACACUAACUAGCAUGGACCUUGUUGUUUCGAAUGAAGCCGACAAACAGUCGGUUGCUGAGGUUGUUGAUGUUGGACCCCUUGCAGAUUGGGUGAAGAUAAAUGUCACAGAAACAAAGGAUUGUUUUGAGAUAUUUGCCUUGGUACCUGGACUUCUUCGCAAAGAGGUUCGAAUUCAAUCAGAUCCCGUGGGAAAGGUGGUUAUAACAGGCGAGCCAGAGCAGCUUGACAAUCCUUGGGGCAUAACACCCUUCAAGAAGAUUGUCGACUUAUCAGCAAGGAUCGAUCCGCUUAAGACAUCUGCGGUCAUGAGCAUGCACGGACGGUUGUUCAUACGAGUUCCGUUUGAGCAGUGAUUGGUUUCAAGGGUAAGCUCGGCAGUUGUUCUUAGUGUAUUUUAGGAAUUCACAUGUUUCAGAACCACAUUGUAGGCGACUGAAGCAGUUUUGUAACUGUGAUUUGUGUCUCAAGACUGAAGUUAGGAACAUGCAAACAAACAUUUGAUCUUACUGUAAGAUUUCUGUUUUGUAAAAGUUAAGAUUAGUAGGAGAAGCUGCUCCAUAUCUUAGGUUUAAAGCCAUUUAUGAUGCAGCCAACAGUGAUGAUUUUGAUCCGAGAUUGGAGUGAUAUGCUUUUUUUCAUCUA